AUGGCUUUCGAUCGGGAAAAAGCAGAGGAACGGCGACGUUGGAUCGAAUCCGUGCCGGCGACGUCUUCUGAAGACCUACCUUCGGAUGGGAGUUCGAUGUCUUUCAAGGAUUUUGUCGACGGCGAAAUGAUGCGGUUCGGGCUGUUGGAUUUGCAGGUAAACUUCUUGGGACUGCCAAUUGGAGCCUCCAUAUUGGACUGCCAUUCAUGGAGCCUUCCUAUUUGCAUCAAAAAAAAAUUAAUGACACGAUUAACUGAUUUUCUAUUGAGUUGAGUACUUCAAGCUUCAUUAUUUUAAUACAAUGAAGUUUUCAGAGAAUGACCAAAGUUAUAAGAAGCUUCAAAUUAAUAUUUAGGUGGAGAAUUUCGAAAGGUUUCAUAAGAUUUCUAAUGAAUUAGCUACUGCAAAAAUCUUAUAAUUUAACAAAAAUAAGAAAAAUAAGAACAAAAAUUCCACUGUCAAAUUUAACCAAGCCGCUCCAGUCGAUUUUUUUUUCACAAACAAGCUUAAUUUUCUUUUAAACUCUCAGGCUUAAAGAGUUAAAAACGCUUUUGAAAUCGAUUUUCCGUCCGAAUUAAUUCUUUCUUCUCAAAUUUCGAGUUUCAGAGAUCGAUCCCAAGCGUGGUCGAUGGGCUGAAGCCUUCUCAACGCAAAGUUCUGUACACUUUGUUAAAGCGGGAUAGUGAUAAAGAGAUAAAGGUUCAUUUUAUCUUGUUAAGAAACUCGAGAAAAUUCCGUUUUUUUUUCAAGUUCUUUUUAUUUUUGGAAGUUUAAAGAAGUCCUGUUAUUUUUUUGUUUCGUUUUUUUAAAUAUUCAUUCUCAGGUCUCUCAACUGGCUGGAGCGGUCGCUCACAGUCAGGCCUAUCAUCAUGGGGAGGUGGAUUUUUUUUUUCGAAUUCACUGAAUGGUAAAAUUUAUCAGGAAGCCCUGGUGAACACAAUCGUCCGGAUGGCGCAAAACUUUUGCGGAGCCAAUAAUUUGGCCUUACUGGAACCGAUCGGACAGUUCGGAACGAGGCAUGAAGGAGGACAUGACGCGGCUUCGGCUAGAUAUAUUUUCACCAAUUUGAGGUUUCCAAAUGGGUCCUAAGGGUGGCAAAUCAUGAAAAAUUGGUUGGUUUUUCGAGAAAAUCUUGUCAUCACUAUCUUGCAAGGAAGGUCAUUCUACUUUGCGGUUAGAAAUUUUUUGAAAAUUUGUCAAAACACUCCUAGAGUAACAAAAAAGAAUUCUGAGAACCUCGAGUUACAUAACUUUCUAGUUUUUAAGAAAUGAGGACAUAAAGUCGUAGAAAACCUUCAAAAUCAGUAGAAAAGGCUAUUUUUAAAGAUUCUAGCCUUAUUUAUUGAUAAUUAGAAAGUUAUGCAGAUUUAGACUUUCAAGGCCUUAUUUUGGUAUCUUAAGGGAUAUUGUGACAUACUUUCAGAAAGUAAAACGACCUCCCUCCUUAAAUUAAAAAAUUUUAAUAGUUUUGCUGAGCUUUCUAUAAGUUUUAAUGUUGUUUUAUGGUUAGUUUGAUGAAAAAAAUAUAAAGAAAAUGGGGUUCUAAAUUUUUUUGGACAAGAUCUUCGACCGAAGUGUUUCAAAUAAAAACCAUCAAUUCCGUUUUACGAGAUCACGAAAAUUAUCAUAUUCCUUUUUUUCUGAUUUUCAGUCCCCUGGCAAGAAUCCUCUUCCCUGCCGAAGAUGAUCUUCUCUUGGAACGGCUCCAAGACGACGGCCAACUCGUUGAACCGAAAUGGUCCUUUUUUUUUAAAUAAAAGUGUUUUUUGUGAAAAAAAAAAUAAUGAAAAAAAUUUCAGGCUCUGUCCGAUACUCCCCCUGGUGCUGAUAAACGGCGCCGAAGGAAUCGGGACCGGGUGGGCGACGAAAAUCGCCAAUAGAAAUGUCCAGAACGUCUGUGACGCCGUGAAAAUGAUGAUCGAGAAGGCGGAUCGAGCUGAUGUUGGAGAUUUAUUGGUAAGACUGAGGAGGAAGACAUCAUGAAAAUGGCUUCAAAAAAUUAUGAAAAACUUAGCAUGCAUAGACAAUGUCGAAAAAGGUCAACAAAGACUAGAUAAAUGUUCCUUUUGGGUGAGAAAGGCUCCUUUUUGCCGCAUUUUUGCGCCAUUUCAUCGACUGUUAUGCACCAUUUUUGCUGCCUCUUUUUUGAGCCUUUAAAAUCCCAGAAUAAAAUGGGAGGCUUGAUGAAGGGCCCCUUUUUGCUGCCUUUCUACGGCCUUUUUGAGUCUCUCCCUUUUAGCGGUCAUUAUCCACUACUACGACUUCGCCCUACGGUUUGAAAUUGUGUAACACAUUGAUAAAAUUAUUGAAUAAUUAGUUCUCAUUCUAUCACUUAGUUUCCUGAAGCUUUAAAUUUCUUACUUUUGCUCGAGAUCGUCUCCAAAAAACGCACAACUUUGAAAAAAAAACACUGUUUUCCUUCUCAUGAGGUUUACAAUUUCAGUUACCCCACUAUGAAGGAUUCACCGGCCAAAUCCAGAAAUUGGACUCGAGACGUUAUUUUUCAACAGGAAAAGCUGAAUUCGCCAAAACUUCCCGAAAAAAUGAUCUAUGGUAAGUUUUAUCAAUAAAGACCAACAAAAAAAAAUUUUCCAGUGUGAAUAUAACUGAAUUACCGGUCGGUGUCUGGACCAGUAAGUACAAGGAAAAGUUGAACACGUUUCUAAAAGACGGGUUGAUCGGGUUGGUUUGAAAGUACUUCCAUUCGAAAAAAAUUUUUGAACAUUCAGAGGAUUUUCUGAAUCUCAUACCGAGAAAUCUGUCAGAUUUUCUGUAGAAAUGCUUGGAAAAGCGACAAGAAAUCUGGAUUUGCAACGGUUUUUCAAGCUCCAGUCCACCUUCACUGAACAUUUGGUUUUUCCUUCUCCAUAUUUUAAAAAAGUGACUUUUUCAAGGUCUUAUUCAAUGCUGAAGGGGUUUUAAAACGUUAUCCGAACGUUUUGGAGAUUGCUACGGAGCAUUUUGUGACCAGAAAAGGCCUUUAUGAAAAAAGGAGGGAGUUAUUAUUGAGGGAGAGCUCGGCCAAGUUGAAAUACCUUGAAAAUCAGGUAAAUUUCAAACUUCCAUUGAAAAUUAAUUCGGAUUUCAGGCUCGAUUCGUGGAAAAUUUGGUGAAUGGAUCAUUGAAAGUUACUGGGAGGAAACGAGAAGAAGUCGAGAUUCAAAUGAAGCAAUUUGGCUUUGAAACGAAUCCGGUGAAGAUUCUAAAGAAACAGGUCAGUUUUCGAGUUGAAAAUUUUUUCUCAAAAUUUAGCUCAAAAAAUUAAUUUUUGUGGCGAUUUUCAGUUGCCCAUCGAUCAGCUCGACUUCGCCUAUCUUCUAGAAAUGCCGAUGUCCCGAUUGACAAAAGAAGAAAUCGAGAAACUCGACGAAAAAGCCCAGAAACAACGAAAAGAACGAGACUCCCUGGACAAGAGCCAGUGGCAGCAAACAUGGACCACCGAAAUUGAGAAAUUUGAAAAGUUUUCCCGGUUUUGA